UUCCGCUCACGGCCGAUGACGUCACUACGCAAUCUUGUGACGAUCACUUGCGAUAGCGAAGUUCACGCAGCCGCCAGAAGACGCGUAACCACUAAAGUAACAUUUUAAACGGCUUUAGUGCGCUUCUCCUCGCGUCCACACUUCACCUCAGACGCUGCAGCUGGACUUUGUGUUGUGGGACCAAUCUUCCCCGCUGCUCUGAAUAACUUCCGUCUGGACAUGCAGCUCGUGAUCCGCCGAUACCGUUCCUCUGACAAAGAGGAGGUUCUCACCCUCUUCAAGACUGGCAUCCUCGAGCACAUUGGUCCGUGUUUUUACAACGCUGUGAGCAGCCCUCUCUACAUCGGCAUCACCCUGACUCUGUGUGUUGCCGGUUAUCUUCUUGCCUCUGUGUUUGGGGCAGUGGCUUUACCAGCAGUUUGGCUCAGCCUUAUUUACUACUGCUGCUAUGAGUUGUUUGCCUGCUAUGUCAGAAAGAGACUCCAGACAGACAUGCAGGACAUUCCUAUGCACUUCCUGAGCAGACCAGAUGACUGCUUUUGGGUGGCUGAGGCUGAGGUCAAUGGAAAAGCACAAAUCCUGGGUACAGUGGCUGUAGUGGCAAAACAAAGUGGAAAAGAAAAGUAUGGAGAACUCUUCAGAAUGAUUAUUUCCCCGCUGUGUAGACGAAUGGGCCUGGGCGUCAGGUUGACUCAGACGGCACUUGACUUUUGCAAGGAACAAAACUGCUCGAAGGUGGUGCUCGCCACCAGCUCCACCCAGGUGGCUGCUGUGGCCUUGUACAAAAAAAUGGGGUUCACCCACAUCUUUUCACACACAGACGCAGAGUGUCCUUUUUGGGUCCUAAAGCUGGCCAGGGUCACAAUUUUAACCAUGGAAAGACACGUGUAGCCCUGAAAUAAGCCACUCAGAUUGUAUUCUAUUUGUUGUACUAAAAUCUAUUUUUACAUUGAUAGUAAUGAUAAUACUAAUUGUCACAGGCACUUUGUGACACGUGACAAUUUGGUGCUCCUGUAAUUUACUUGACUAUGAUUCAGUGAUCGUUGAUUGUUGUGUCCUCUUGUUUUAGUUAACGUGAAUGUUGUUGUUGUUGUUUAAAAAAAUUACCUCACUUAACUUUUGUUUCAGGGGAGUGUGGGAGCACUGCUGAACAGUGGACAGCAGUCACCUCAGCCUUGUUGCUAUACUGUCAUAAUCUACAACACAAAUCUACACAAAUCUAUCUACGACAAAUCUAGGUCUAGUGUUACCGUCCUGUGAAAAAACAAGUCUAACAAGUAAAGUUACAGGCUUCUAUUUGGGUCAAUGAGAGUGCAUGUCAUUACUGGUGCUGUGUCCAAACCCCACAUCCCUGUAGAAAACCUAUGCAUCAUGUUUAACAUUAGUUUUAGCGUACUACAAAUAUGCGCUAACUAUGUUGAGUUCUGUAUAUUUAAGAAUUUCCAAAGUGUUACACUAUCUACAAAAGAAACAGUUUGCAGUAAAUCAAUGUUUCCACAUAAUAAUUUUGUAGAUGGUAUAUUGUCUGCACUUUUGUGUUUUUGUUGGUUUGCAAAGUACUUCUGACACUGCUUCGAUGGACAUCCACUCUACUUCCUAAGUUGAGUUCAACAACAAUUUCUAGCAACAUCCAAUAAAUCUCCAGUUGCUAUACUUCA